CGCGCGCGUAGCUGUCAGUAGGAAAUACAGGCUGUUCGUGUCUGCCGAGCCCCUGCGGCUGUGCCUGGACAUCUGAUCACAGAAAGUCGGCCUAUUACAAAAUGAAAAUUAUCACUUACAGACUCGCUUGACUUUGGUGAGAAUGCGUCGAACAAGUGCGCAUGUGUAACCGCGGUACCGAGGCAUCCCGCUAGCUAGCACGGCUAACAGAAACAGAACACUAUCGGGGCUAAUGCUAAUAGUUAAAUAAGCUAACUUAGCUAGCUGUUAACUUAGCUAGCUAGCUCACGGAUUGCGGGACGUUUGUUCUCCCAGCUCAUCUCCCCGUUCAGCGGUUCCUGCCCCUGUGUCGCCUUUUCGUGUUCUCAUUAAUUGGAUAAGGUUACGGAACCGGAGCUGUGGCGGGGGGACGAGACGACAGGAACCCCCUGGCUGGCUAUCCAGGCGGACCGAUCACAGUGACACGCCGGUGUGGGAGAGAGUGGAACCAUGGCUGAGCUUUCCACCUUAUCCCCAUCCCCACCUGCUUUGGGUGAUCCUCAUGCAGCUCCAUCUAUCCCUCCGUCAUCACCAGGGCUUCCUCCACCUAACAGCACUGCUACAGAGUCUCCCAGGGAGGUGUCCAUACCCAAGUCUUCCCUUUUUAAUGACAAAGCUUUGAGUGGAAAAACUUCUGCAGUACUGGCAGGGGGGUCCCCCUUGAUUCCCCGCCGAUCCUCAAAUCCUCCCGACCUCACAGCUGAGGCUUUCCUUCUAUCAUCGGUACAGGAGCCUGCUCCAGGGAAUGAAGAAUCAGCAGGAAAGCCACCAGCUCCAAGCGAAGUGGCACAGGCGUCCCCCUCUCCUGAUCUAAAUCCUGGUCCUAACCUAUACCCUAACCUGCAAGUCACCUGUAACCCAAAUCCUGUUGUAGAAGAAGCUCAACUUAAAGUGGGACAACCCCAGACGACUGCAGGUCCCAAUCCCGCACCUGCUCCUCCAGUCUUAUCAUCAUCAGCAGCUGAAGGAGAAAAACCUCAGCCGCUCCAAGAAGCACAAAAUGCUCCAAACGAGCCUCCACCUUUGUACCCAAAGCCUGGUACUCCCAAUGAAGCCAGGAUGGGAGAACUGCCUGCUACUCCUACCAGAGCUGAACCCCACAGCCCACCACUCCCCCUGAUCCAAGAGCCACCGUUGUCCUUCGCUCUACCCAAACCCCGGCCGGCACCAGACACCCUCAGUUACCUUGAGUCAGCCAGUCUGAUGUCUGGAACUUUGGAGUCUCUGUCUGGACUGGGAGAAGAUGGCAGCUCCGUGGGGUCAGAUUCAGAGAUUAAUGGCCUAACUGUCAGACGCACUGACAAGUAUGGCUUCCUAGGUGGGAAUCAGUACAGUGAAGGGGGUGAAAAGGAAGUUCGAAUUGAAGUUGCACGACAGCGGGAGAUGAAAUGGAUUGACAUGUUCUGCCACUGGGAUAAGUGGGUCAAACAUCGCUUCCAGAAGGUGAAGCUGCGCUGUAGGAAGGGGAUUCCAUCCUCUCUCAGAGCAAGAGCCUGGCAGCUGCUGUCCAACAGUGAGGAGCUUCUAAGAGACAACCCUGGGAAAUUUGAGGAGCUGGAGAGAGAGCAGGGAGAGGCUAAAUGGUUGGACAUUAUAGAGAAGGAUCUCCACAGGCAGUUCCCCUUUCAUGAGAUGUUUGCUGCUCGCGGUGGCCAUGGGCAACAGGAUCUGUACCGAAUCCUCAAGGCCUACACCAUCUACCGGCCCGAUGAGGGUUACUGCCAGGCCCAAGCGCCGGUGGCUGCAGUACUGCUCAUGCACAUGCCUGCAGAGCAAGCGUUUUGGUGCCUCGUCCAAAUAUGUGAGAAAUAUCUUCCUGGCUACUACAGUGCAGGGCUGGAAGCGAUUCAACUUGAUGGCGAAAUCUUUUUCUCUGUGCUGCGUCGCACGUGUCCAAUGGCGUAUCGUCAUCUUAAGAAGUUCAAGAUUGAUCCCAUUCUCUACAUGACGGAGUGGUUCAUGUGCAUCUUCUCACGCACUUUACCAUGGUCCUGUGUCCUGCGUGUAUGGGACAUGUUCUUCUGUGAAGGAGUGAAGAUAGUCUUCCGUGUCGGCCUGGUGCUGCUGAAACAGAUGCUUGGUUCUGUGGAUAAACUUCGGGAACUUCAGGGCAUGUAUGAGACCAUGGAGCGUCUAAGAAACAUCUCACCCGACACUAUCAGAGAGGACAUAUUGGUACAGGAGAUCGUCGCUCUCCCAGUGACUGAGGCACUCAUAGAGAGAGAGUGCAACAUUCAGGUGAGGAAGUGGAGGGAGUCCAGAGGGGAACUUAUGCACCAGCCGGGACGCCGCCUUCACGGUACAAGAGCUAUCUUUGAGUACAAACGCAGAGCUGCUUCCAUCAGCUCUGGUGGAAGCUUCUCUUUCCUAGGAAGCUCGAUCCCACCACCAGGACCCCUCAGGGCCUCUUCCAGUUUGCUGUCACUCCCUGGCUUCCGCAAAUCUAAGGCUCCUUUCCACUCCCACGCCAAGAAGGGCUCCUUCUCAGGGCCGUCAGGAUUUGAGGGCUUUCCACCUCCGUCACCACCCGCAGUAACAUCGAGCUCGAACCGAGGGCCCAGCCAGAAACCACCUAUGCCCCCAGGGGCAGGUCAUAAGGCAGCACCGCAGAGCCCCUUAGUAUCAAAGGUGGCUAGUUCAUCUCAUGGUCCUGCUCCAGCCUCAGAGAGCACAUCAGCACAGGGCGAGCCUGCUUCUUCGGCCCCAAUGCAAAGCACACCACAACCCCCCACUACUCUGGCCCCCUCUCCUAAGAUCGUCUCGGAGCAAAUUACUCCCACUAUCCCGUCUCCUACUGCAAACAACACCCCUCUGCCCCCAUUACCAGAUUCAAAAAAAGAAACUGCACCUCCAUCAGCCGAUGCCGCAAAUGUGGAGGAAGAAGGAAAGAAGAAGAAGAAAAGCAAAGAGGACAAGAAGAAGGAGAAAGAAGACGAGAAGAAAAAACAGAAGGAAAAAAAGGAAAAAGAAAAGGCUGAAAAAGAGAGGCUCAAAAAAGAGAAAGAGAAGCUAGAAAAAGAGAAGAAGAAAGGGGGCAAGAAAAAAGACAAAGGAGGAGGAGGAGGGGAUGCAGAGGACAAAAAUGGAGCUGCAGCAGCGAAAGAGUCGGCCUAAUUUUCCACCUCGUCAUUCCAGGAUAACAAAAAAAGGGAGGCUGAACAAACAAAACAACACAAAAAAGAGGUCAGGGGAACAAAAGAUCCCCAAAAACAGUGACUAAUAUAAAAAUGGGAUGGCUUCCUAUAUAAUGCAUCAUUUCAAGGAUUUAAAGUAGUGUAAGGACUAUGUUGGAGAAAACUGGAUCAUGGUUUCAACAGCACUUUUUGCCUCUUGUGAGAUGGGACAAAAUUUCCUUUUUUUCUUUCUUUUUUUCCCCAACUGGAGCAUGGACUGUGAAACUUUUUUUUAAUUAUUAUAU